CCGACUGAUGUAUUACUUCAAUGUUGAAUGAGGACAAUAUAGUUUGUUUCCUAAUUCCCCAAAGUCAAGCCAAGUUACUUCAACCUCCCUAGUGUGUUAUGAAGGAAGCAAACAACUGUAUGUCAGCCAGGGACGUGCACAUGUUAAAGUACCUGUGCUCAUGAAUGUCAGCCUUCAACUUGAGGCAAUUAACAUUGCACUUGAUCUGUCAACCACAAGCAGACCGCAGUCUGUAACAACAGUCAGUCUCUGACAUCACCGGUACCCUUGUUUAAAAUGCUUGCCAAGGACCAAAGACCUUGAUGUGUACGUGUGUGUAGCGCCUCCAUCAGAUAUAUGGGCCCCAAUCAUCCACGGUGGAAUGUCAGAGUGUGCCUGACAAGCUCACAGUUAGCAGUGACAGCUAUUUGAAUGCUGUCUCUCUGUCUCCAACCUUGGCAGGCCGUUCACGUGCUGCAAGUUACUGGCAGACUUUUUGGAAUCAUCGUGUAACUAUUUCCUGACUUUGUUCUUCACGACCACACGCAACCAUCAUCUGACCAGAGAUAGUGUGAGUUGUUGAACAUCUCCGGAGCAUCAGUAGCUGAUGUUGACACCAGAUACCAAUGAACUUGUCUCCUCGGUCGACUGAAACAUCUUGGUGAUCAACUCUUUGAACAUUGCUGCCUAACCCUUCAAGCAACAGCCCACAUUGCUGAAGACAUGAUGAAGAUGGUUUUACCAUGAUGAUCCAAUUAAUGUGCUGAAUCUGUGACGUAGUCAACUGAUUUAAACUUCACAUCAUCUUCAUCUUUGCUAAAACGUGGAACACCUUCUUUUUAUCUUUUGACUCCAUGCACUUUCUCUAAAGAGUUAAAGUUUUGCAUAGGACCAAAAAACUUCAAAACUGAGGACUGGAAUUGUAUUGCUACUGCUACAUAACCAAUUGAAACAACCGAACUGACUCAAACUUCCAGAAAUCAAGAACAAUGUAAUUAGUGAAAAAAAAACAGUAAAAGAUUUGUGACAGGAAAGACACUCGAUCCAAGUAUCUCUCAGCAAAAGUUGACAGAAAUUACACAAACAACUUAACAGGAUCAAACACACUUUGAAUGCUUCGGCAACUACGGAUGGCAUAAACUGACCAAUCCCAAGGCUAGGAUACCUUCAACGAGCCAAUCAGAAAGGAGGAGUGACAUUUGGAAGGACUUGAAGGAGCAAGGAUGGGAAUGUGGAAAGCGAUCCUCGUUGGACUUGGUGUUCUGUUCUUGGCAUCGCUUAACGAUGCUGGGUCGGCAUCCUUGAUCACUGAUAAAACUUUCUGCGAUGCAUGUUGCUCGGGACCGGCGGGGAUACCGGGCACCCCGGGUGCCCCGGGGUCACACGGCGAAGACGGUAAACCUGGCAAGAGGGGGCCACGAGGUGACCAAGGGGAUAUUGGGUAUAAGGGGGAACCGGGACUGGUGGGGGAGAUGGGACCAAAAGGCAACAAUGGUUCCAGAGGAGCUAAAGGCUUCUUCGGAAAACUGGGACCAAGAGGUUUGCCCGGAAAUACAGGCCUGAAAGGAGAUUUGGGUGAAAAGGGGGAAAGAGGUGACCUUGGGGACACGGGUGAGAAAGGUGACCAGGGGCCGACGGGUCCUAAGGGUGUGCAAGGGGUACAAGGGAAUAAGGGUUCGAAAGGACAGCGUGGUGAGCCCGGUGAAAGAGGAAUCACUGGGACCAAGGGAAGGCGAGGCGACAGAGGUUUGCUGGGUUUACAGGGUCCUCAGGGGCCCCAAGGCGUGGGUAAACAAGGGCCUAAAGGGGUACCCGGUUACAGGGGGUAUAAGGGGGAACCAGGCCUGCCAGCUCCGGAGCUCAUGCAGUGUGCCUUCAUGGUUCAUGCCUUCAUAUCCAGCGGCGACUUGAACCACGGCCGAGAUGAGAUCAUCCCCUUCGAUGACAUCAUCACAAACAUCGGACGAUACUUUGACAUCGGCAGAGUGAAAUUCAUCUCUCCGAUCCCAGGCACCUACGUCUUCCACUUUACCACGGACUUUAAGGGCAAGCUGCAGCUGGUGAAGAACGGCCAGACCAUGGUGGUUGCCAAACGCUUCUCCAGUAUCGUGAUUGAGCUGCAGAAGAGCGACCAAGUCUGGCUGAGCAUGGUUGAGGACAGCGACUUCAGCGAAUCACAUUUUUAUCUCUCCGGAUUUCUCCUCCACAUUCAAUUUGAGUAUCUUGCCAACAACUUGUACGUUACUGCUCACUGAAAACCCACGAACCCAAGAUGACUUUGCAAACAAAAACAAUCCAAAGAUGAAGUCAUGGUAAAAACAGCUCGCCUUCUUUGUAAAUAAUUUGAACAAAGUCUACAGGCUUAAAAUAUAGUGAAAUGUAAGUUCAUAUAUAUUUACCUGCAAGAGACAUUUCAAUGCUGAGUCAAAUUGACAGCUGGCUAAAGAGGUCAAAUUUUUCUAAUGCACUUUUCUUGAUUAACUUAACAUUUUUGUUUACUGUAUUGAUAUUUAAUGCAGGAAAUAUUCCCAAUAGUGCCAGAGUACUUUGUAUGGUUAUAUGGUAUGGUAUUGCACAAAAUAGUAUAACAUACAAAUAAGGUACUUAUAAGUGUGUAUUUAUUAGUUUGGACAUUUUGCAUUUUAAACUCCAAGGGUUUAACUACUACAUAGUGUGUCCAAAAAGUGCAACAUUCAGAAAACAAAUAAUUAAAACUGUUAAUUUCUUUUUUUCAACAAAGUUAUAU